CUCCUCGCGGUCACGUGGUGCCGGCGGAGUAGUUGUUGCGUUGCCCCCCGCUAGUCGGGGCUCCACGCGCCUUAUUUACCUUCGCGGGUUUUUCGCGGCAACGUUAGCAACUUAAACGCGUACAAAGUCGUCGGAGCGCUCCCCCCCCCCCCUUUUUUAAUUUUAUUGUUCACACGUCACGUCGCAAUUCAAUGCAAGAAAGAAGAGCGACGAGACGCACGCUUUUUUUGGACACGAGGCUGCUGAGCUCGCCUUCACCCCACCCCCGAUUUCACGCGGGGACCAUCGCCCCCCCCCCGCUGCCGGGGCUGGCUAGACAAGACCGAGGCUGCGGCCUGGAGGGCCCGGGCCGCGUCUCGAGUUUUUUUGUUGUUGUUUCCAGGUGAUCCCGUCCGUGUUCCUUCGACUCGCCCUUGUUGCUUCUGCUCAACUCCCUCGCGCACAGCUCGGGCAUGGCGAGCGUGGAGGAAGCAGACAAGAUGGGGAAGAUGGGGGACAAGAUCAGUGAGAAAUACAACAAGAAAUUGCCCCAUCGGUUGGGAAUAGCUUAUGAGGUGGGGGCAAGGCUGGAGGCCCAAGACUAUCUGCUUAAGUGGUACCCUUCCCGCAUUGAGAAAGUAGACCCAGAUGAGGGUAAGAUUUUGAUCCACUUUGAGCGUUGGAACCACCGUUACGAUGAGUGGAUUGACUGCAACAGCCCGCGGCUGAGACCGCUACAGCGAACCUCGCUCCGUCGCGAAGGCCUUAAGCAGGAGGAGCCAGCUGUUGGGGCAGUGCCAUUUAAGGUUGGGGAUGAGGUGCUGGCUAGGUGGAUUGACUGCAGAUACUACCCAGCGAAAAUCAUCACGAUCAACAAAGAAGAUACUUACAGUGUGCGAUUUUAUGAUGGCUUUGUGAAAGACGUGAAAAGCAUAAAUGUGAAAGAGAUGCCAGAGGAUCUGAAAAACCAGGACUGGACAGCUAUCGUGAAGAGCACCGUGGAGGCACAGGCGUUGGAGCAGGCGGCGAACAAGUCCCGGGCCCGUGCAGGGCACCAGGCAGGGCACCAGGCAGAGCACCAGGCAGUGCACCAACAGACGGGGCAGCAGGCUGCCCACGUCGAGGAGGAGGAGGAGGGCGCUCGCAAGGGCAGGCGGAGCGACGCGGAGGAAGGCAGCGGAAGCGAGAAAGCGCUGCCCCAACCACAGAAGCAGCGCAGUGCUGAAGCUCGCCAACCAGCGAGCCUUCUGCAGUCAAAGGUUAUGGCAGCAAAGAAGAGAAAGUCCGCGUUCAUGGGAGCCUUCCAGGCAAAGAGGGCACGGCUCAAUCAGCUGACAGGAAUUCUGGCUUCUAAACUUUCUCGACGCCGAGAUGCAGAUGUCCAAGACUCCAAGGAACGGCCAUCGGAGGCUGUGGAGAACAAGGAAACCUCUCCGCUAAACAGCGCACAACCGAGUGGAUUAUCAGUUGAGAGUGCAUCUGGCGUGAUGCCAGGUGCCAUCACAAGGCAGCACUCGCUUCGUCUGCGCCGAUCGAGUCGGGCGUCGGCCGGCCUCGCCUCCCCCUCGUCCGACUCUUCCCACUCGCCACGCUCGAACCAGCACGCAGGCUCUCCAGGUCAACUCUCCUCACCCGACGGGGGCCUCUCACCGGCUUCUGCCACCAGCGAUUCGCCGGGCAGGCGGCGCCGCCCCUCUGCGCUCUCAGAGUCGAGUGCCCACGACAGGGCCCAGACUCGGACAGAAGGUGCCUCGGCCGAUGCAAGUUCAUCUUUGAAAAGUGAAAUGCUAUCUGCAGAUGCAAAGAGAAGAGAAAGGGACAGAAGCAGAGACAAGAAAGAGAAGGAUGUGUCCAAAUCAAAAAAGAAAAAGAAGAAGAAGAAAAAGACAAGAAAAGAGAGCACAGACGGUGCCUCGGUGGCGGACUCUGUGGACAGCCUGGGACUGGAGGAGACGUCGGGGAACGCAGACGACUCCCAGGACGAGGACGGAGCCGGUGGGGAUGAGAUCGUGCGCUGCUCCUGUGGCAUCAACGAGGAGACGGGGUUCAUGAUCCAGUGUGAGAUGUGCAGUUGCUGGCAGCACAGUGUCUGCAUGGGAUUCACCGAGGAGAACAUCCCUGACCGAUAUUCAUGCCAUGUGUGCCAGGACCCUCCGGGCCAGCGCUGGAGCGCACGGUUCGCGUUCGAGCGCGACUGGCUGGUGGAAGGCCGUCUUCAGUCCUUCUCCUUCGCACGCGACAGCUACUGGAGCCGCCACGCGGCCAGCUUUGCGGCGCUGCAGCGCCUGCUGGCCGACAUGCACCGCGUGCACGAGGUCAUCCACGGCCUCAAGCUCAAGAUCCACAUCGCCAAGACUGAGGACCGCUCAGAUUUGAUGCUGUGGGCGUCACCGUGGAGGACGGAGCGAAUCAAAACCGAGUUGAUCAGCCUGCCGGGAAAUGAUGGCAGGCUCGAGGCGUGCCCAGCCCUUUCGGCAAGCGCGAACGAUGGGCCCUUUGCGGGGUUGGAAGGCGUGAACGGCGUCGCCAGCUGCCAGGUACCCCCGGGAAAAGAUGCGGAGAGAGAAGUCAAAGCGGAGUCCCCCAGCGAGAGUACUUACAUCACCAGCGAGCACUGCUACCAGAAGCCGCAGGGAGCCGGGCCCGCGGCGGCGCGCGCCGCCAACGCCCGUGCGUGGCGCGAGUGCGCAGGGAGGGACGGGGACAGCGGGUCUGACACGACAUACGCUGCCGACUCGGGGAGGACCAACACGGCUGGCAGCUUCAUCUACGGCCUGGAUGCCACCUACUGCAGCGUUGCAGGAGUAGGCAAUUGCGAGAACAAUGGUGGAGGUAGCAGCAGUGAUGAGACGCCAAGUGUCGAGACAGGCGCCGGGAGUGGAAUGGAGGAGGAAGGGGGGCCAUCUCUGGGAGCAGCGGGGCCCAACUCCGGGGCCGGCUGGAAGUCAGCUGGACAUCAGCAAGCCGGAGGGGUGGCACAGCAGCACCUGUGCCUUUCUGAGCUGCUGCUGCAUGUGGAGGCACUCCAAGACGAUGUAGCCAAGCGUAUGGACUUCCUGGAGGAGCAGCUGACCACUCUGGAAGGAAUGUUCGAGUCGACGUGUGAGCAGAGCUCGGAGUUCGAGCUGCGUUUGCCACGUGUCAAAAGGAGCCUUCGUCAGAUGGCCGCUGACCUGCAGAAGUUGCAGCAGCUCUCCACGCUUUGCGCCUGAAUCAGGCUCGUCCCGGCAACAAUCACUUUUCAAUUCUCACCAUAAACCAAAACCUUGGGUCGCACACGAGCACAUUCAAUACACUUGUUCCUUGCUUAAGAUCAUCAGAUCAUUAAAAAAACAUAGUUAUCAAAACCAUGUCAUGUGUUUUGCUUAUCAUACCAUGUCUGAUAAGCAAAACAACUCAAGUGUAUGUAUUUUUGAAUUCAUAGAUGUUUUUAUUUUACCCAUGUUUUUAUUAACCACCCUUAGAUGCCAUGGUUGUAAAACAUAUUUGAUAUGUUUUUAUAGAUUUUAAGAGUUGUGCAUAUUUAACCCAGCUUAAACUGCCCAUCUGCACUUACACUGUGUACACUGCAAUCAAAAAGUGAAGUCUCCUAUUUCAUGUUUUUAAAAUGCAUUGAAGUAACUUGUUCAGCCUGAGUGCAGAAAUUGAGUGAAUAUAAAUCAGAUUUUUUUUAUCCUGCUUGUCACAGUUGGGGACAAGGGGAAAACAUUACUAAUGGAUGUCAACAGGCUGUUUUUCAGAAUUUUAAGACACAUUUGGUAAUUGGCUUUUCAUAAAAAGGCCAUUUAAUUGCAGACUGCAUUCCACCAUGCCUCAAUCCUCACUACAGAAUCGGACCGUUGAACCUUAUGGCGCUACCCCCAGGGGUACUAUAGAACUCCGGCUCUCGCACAAUGUCCGCGAUGCAGUCAUGUUUAGUCUGUUGAUGGUCGGCGAUGCGGCAAUCGACUCAUCUCGACGAGCCGUACACGAUGCACCACCACGGUGCGUACGAGCGUUCAGGGUUUCAGCGCGAUCGCCCUCGCUGCGUUUCGACAUCGCGGAGUAGCACCACCGAUUUCGGAUCGAUCGGUAACCCCAGUCGAGGAGUUAAGUAACACUCCUGGAAAAAAUAGUGUCCUAGAAAUAAAAUACUGAAUUUGCCUCUGCCAUUCUGUGUAAUUUGGUACCCCGGGGUACCACCAUAAGGAUCAGUUGUUCUAUUUCCCUGUAAAUUGUGAGACAAUGUGGCACACCAUUCCCUCAUUGUGGUCUUUCUGCGUGCUCGUUUCACAAAAACAUUCAGAAAAUUCUAACUGCAAUAUUACAAAGCCUACAACCUGGGAUUGGGGCAAUCAUUACAGGAUUUAAUCAUUGACAUUUUUAAUGGCUCCACCAUUGACGGAACCAUUCUGACGUGGUGAUGCUGUUAGCUCUAUCCCAAUCGGAACGUUUUUUUUGUCUAAAUCUGAGCCUAACUUCACACAUCAUAUUUAAUAACUAGCACUUUGAUGGGAGUCAAUAGCAGUUUGUCCUAUGAAAGAGGAAGUUGUGGGCAUAUAUGUAGAAUGAAGGCGGUAACCAAGAUGUUUUUAGAGUGUCACCCAGAGUUUGGUAACCAAAGGGAACGCAGACAGAUUUUAGUGAUGGUCCGAAAAAGCAAAAUGUUGGGGUCCGGUGAUAACUGCCAUAGCUACACAAGCUAACAAAAGUGAAGGAAAAGUGUGGUCUCAAAAAUAACACUGAACCGAAUGACCUAUCCAUGUUACUAAACAAAAUAAAUUAUAUGUUGGAAGGGACGCAACUUAAAAACGCAGUUGUUGAAUGUGGAUGGGAUCAAAACGAAAAUAGGGAUAGUGACAGUAAAUAGACGA